AUGAUCAUAGUUAUUCUUUUUCUUAUGCAUCUUAUUGGUCAUUGUUUGCCAUUAGUUGUAAAUAGUAUUAUCAAUGGAUUAGCAGCUAAAUAUACAUGUUCAAACGUAUUUAUAGGCGGUCGUACAGUAGAACAACAACGUACAGUAGACGUUGGUUCAGCGUCCUAUUUGAACAAUGUAACAAUUAUUGUUAAUCGUACUGAUUCAUCAGUAAUUGUAUAUACUAAAGGAUCUACUAUUCGUAAAGCCAUAUAUCGUCCUGGACUUGGUGCAACAUUGAUUAGUGACUAUACAGAACGACAAAUUCGAUCUCAAAGAUUUAAUUUACUAUCACCACCUAAUAUCGAUCAAGAUUAUAUUCCAUGGCCUAUGGGUGAUAAAAUAGUUGACCAUAGUUAUUCAUCAAAUGUCAAUCGAACAGCAUUGGAAAAUGCUAUCGACAGUUUAUUUAUUGAAACAAAUCCAAAACUACCAAUACGUACACAUGCUGUCGUUGUUGUCUACGAUGGAAAAAUAAUUGGUGAAAAAUAUGCUUCAGGUUUUUCAAAAAAAUCUAAACUUUUAGGUAUGAGUAUGACAAAAAGUAUUACUGGUACUCUUAUGGGCAUCUUAGUGCAAGAGAAGGGAUUAAAUAUUGAUGAACCUGCUCCAGUACCUGAAUGGAAUAAUAUUAAUGAUUCACGUCAUUUUAUAACAAUCAGAAAUUUAUUACAACAAACUAGUGGUUUAAAUUGGAACGAACCAUAUUCUGAACACAGUGAUGUAUUACGAAUGUUAUUUAUGACAGGAGAUAUGGGUCAUUAUACAGCAUCACUUCCAUUAAAAGAUAAACCAGGUAGUCAAUUUGUUUAUUCAAGUGGAAAUACGAAUAUAUUAUCGCGUAUUAUUCGUCAUCAACUUGACUGGAUUGAUCAAUCGAUUGCAUCAAGUGAUGGUUAUGGAGGUGGUCGAUAUGGAUUUCAAUUUUAUUUAAAUAAACCAGCAAAUAAAAAUACGACAAACCGACGAUUUCCUAAUGUACCUACAGAUACAUAUUAUGCUGUUGGUGCCCAAGGACAAGAUGUAUUUAUUAUUCCAUCGGAAAAAUUAGUAGUAGCUCGUCUUGGUGCAACAACAGCAGCUGAUUAUGAGUGGGGAGCUGAUGAAUUUUUACAAGCUGUUAUUAAUUCAAUCGAAUAG